UAGAUGAUCACAGGAGAAUGGCAGCUGUUCAAGUGAGUUCAGCUGCAUACAACUGUGUGUUCUGUCAAAAGACAGCAGUGGCAGCAGCAGCAGCAGCAGCUGGCCAGUCAGUGCCUCCAGGAAAGCUGCUCUCCUGCUUCCAUAUCAUCUGCAGAGAGUGCCUGGACAAUGAGAUCAAUGCAGAUGCUGUUGUCAAGUGCAAAGCAUGCGGAGAAGCAACCAAGCUGCCCAGACAGACAGCCAGCCUGCUACCCUCAGCUGGAGUAAUCGUCAAAGCUGAGCAUCGAGGAAUCAAUGGAGCAGGAAUUAGCAGUGCAGUAGCAGAAAUGCUGUGUGAUGAUUGUGAUGUGAGUGAAGAGCAAGAUGCAGCAGCAGCAACACACGAGUGUGUCAACUGCUCACUGUUGCUGUGCCAGACCUGUGCUCAGGCACACACCCGCCGCCGUUCAUCCAGGCAUCACACCGUGGCUAGUCUGCAGGAGAGGGCAGACACGAGCGCGCAGCAGACAGAGCACACACUGCACGUGUGUCCUUUGCACAGGAAGCACCCCCUGUCGCUGUACUGUGAGUCCUGCAAGGAUGCGUGCUGUCAGCGAUGCUAUGACACAGGCGCACAUACGACAGAUGGCAGUCGGCAUGCGCUGGUCAGAGUUGAGGAGAAAGCUUCAGCCAUACGCGAUAGCAUCCGUGCUGAGAAUGAGCGAGGAGACACCAACAGAAUGACAAUGACGAAAGCCAUCGCAGAGGUCAGUAGCACAAUAGAGGACAUCACUACACAAACAGAAAAAGCGUCUGAAGAUGUACAUGCAUUCUUUGAGAUGGCUAUCAAUACCCUUCGCGAACGAGAGAAUGCCCUCAGAGCCCAGCUGGACCGAUUGUGCUGGGAAAAACUCAAACACCUAGAACUGCAACGGAGCAAGUUGGAUGAACUGGAGAGCGGCGCAGAGCUGAGAGACACAGCGAAGGAGCACUUCAUCGGGAGACCAUCAAACUCCAAUGAGUUACUCCUCGUGUCAGACUGGAUCAAGCACUUGGAUUGGAAAGCCAACAAUGUGCUUCAGAGUAGUGCAGAGCCUUGUAGCAUGACCUGCUUCUACUUCACGCCAACCGACAAUGAUGCCUUCAGGAAAGUAGUAAGGACACUGGGUGAGGUGGAAGACGGAAUGAUUGAUGUAGACAGUAGUAAGCUGACAAUAACUCGUACAAUGACAGAAGAUCACAUGCUAAUAAUCGGAGUGAAAAUCAUUGCACACUGCCGCGGCGUCAAGGAUGUAGCAUCUAUGGCAAGCAAAUACAUCAAAGUGCAGAUACAAUCACCGAAUGACCAAGUGGCCGAAUGUCAACCAACGGACGUAACCAACACAGCUGCUGCUGCUGCUGCCUCAGCACACGCCGAUGUUCACUUAAGCUAUCGCUACGAGGUCCAAGCACCGGGUGACUACCUGGUACCUGUGACUCUGGCCAAAACAGGACGACACUUUCCAGGCAGUCCAUCUAGAGUACAGGUGGCGGCCAUGGUCAACACGUUUGACCCGGAAGCCUCUUCCAAGAACAUUGCGUUCAGCCACAGCUUUCGCACGGCACAGAAGAAAGUGGCACGGAACUACGACUAUGCCAUUGGUCUGAGCAUGAUGUCGACGGGUACACAUCAUUACAAGUUGCAGUGCAGUGGUCUAGUCGAGCAUCCCAAUAACAACCUACACAUCGGUGUUACGUCCAGCACAACACAGACAAACGAGAACGUGUUCCCGAAGGAUCACUUCAGCGGCUUCAUCUCCGACCCCAAGUUCAUGUUUGGCUCCGGCAACAUCGAGAGAACGUUCACAACACGAUGGCAAGACGAUGUCAUCUCGCUGGUGAUGGAUUGUGAGAAGCAUGUGCUGAGCUUGCGCAACGAGAGGACAGGUGAGACUGGGAUUAUCAGAAAUGUCUGCAACGGAAAGCUACCGGUACGAUUCGCUGCCGCACUCUAUCUCAAGGAACACAUCGUAACAUUACUAUGAGACCAGCAUAGGUCUUGGCAGCAGCUGUGCCAAGCCUUGGGCAACAGCAAAGCAUGUCAAGUGCAAAUAAUGCUGCACCCAAUAGCACAAUGUGAUAAAAGUAAUAAAAAUAAGCAAAACAAGAGCUGAGCCCGUACCAAUUCGAUCUGCUAACAGCAACCAAGCUAACGAGUGCAGUUAUCAGUGUGCUGCAUGUCCUAAUCUAUACACCAACAGCACACAGAUCAAUGCUGUACACCAUGCAAUACUAUACAUUCUGUCAUUCUGUGUCAAGCGUGAUGUAUCAUUUGACGGUCUUAUUUUAUGAUAUACUCGACAGAAAGCAUACCAUUCUCAGCAAAGCAAACUCCGUUCCCUUUCCUAUUUGGAAUUAUGACACACAAGAAGCUUCAAGCUAUGUACCUUUGGCUCUUUGAAAUACACGUAGCAGUCACCUCACCCCAUCCCCAUGUGCUUUCGGGCUGGACAAUUCACCAUCUCAACAACAAAAACAACAACCAUUUGAUAUUAUUUUUAAACACCCAACACCUAAUACAUCCCUGGCAACAAUCGUUUAUAUGAGAAUUGGGCACUGAUUCCAAAGACCUGUGUCUCAAGCCGA